CGGGCAGCAAGCUGAGCUGCCUUGAUAUCAUAAUUACUAUGAAGAAAUAAUUAAGCCUUUUCAAAAGAAAUAAAAAUUAACAUUUCUCGAAUAAGUUGUGCUACGCCAAGUGCUGUUUAAGUAUCAGUAAUUGGUAAAAUAGAAACUACGCAAGUUUUGUGCUGUUACCAAAAAAUCAAUAAGCGUGUAAAAUUUGUAAACACGCCAAGCCCCCGUAACGCGCAGCACAAGCCGAGCCCCCAUCCCCUCAAGCGCACAGUCAGUGAGCUGUGUCCAGCAAAGCCCAAGCAAUUAGCCAAAAGGCCAACCACAAGUCAGCUGCAAAAUGUUGUUUAAGCUGUUGCCGCUUCAGCUGCUCCAGCUGCUGCUGCUCAGCAUGGCAGCUGCCGGACAGCCAGAGUUUGCAGCCAGCGCCACGCAUCGCCUGGCGAAGCGCAUGGAUCUGGAAGUUUGCAUAGGUCACUUCGAUGUGCACAAGAACACCAUCAUACGCACGGGCGAGUCCCAGGCGAUUGGCGGCAAAUAUCUGCAGGGCCUGGAGCUGGAUACGCUGGAGGAGUGCGAACGGCUUUGCUGUGAGACGGAUGCCUGCGAUGUGUAUAUUUUCGAGCGCAAGUCCGGCGGCUAUUGCUAUCUCUUCGAGUGCGGUCCGCCCGAGAACUUCCACUGCAAGUUCACGCGACACGCCAACUAUACGAGCGCUGUGCUGACGCCGCAGGUGCGCAGCUCCACGGAGCUGGCCAGCACGCCGCGGCCACAGUUGCCCCAUAUACCCAGCAACAACAUCUCCCAGCAGGAGUGGGAGCUGAGCAACCUGAAGCUCAAGCCGGAAGUACAGCGCGACAAACCCACAAAUGCGGUCGUGCCCACAGCGAGCAGCUCACAGCCACUGGGCGUGGCUCAGUCAGCACAAGCAGCAGCAGCAGCAGCAGCGGCUCCACCCCAAAGCGCGCCCGCUGCUCACUGUGGACGCUUUCAGUUUAGCUGCCAUUCGGGCGAAUGCAUUGCCGUCUACAAUGCCUGCGAUGGCAUUCCCCAGUGCGAAGAUGGCAGCGACGAGGGACCGGAAUGCAAUGCCGUUGCCACAAAGCCCAGCAGCAACAGCAACAACAUGGAGCAAUAUCAGCCAGUGCCGCCCAUACAACAACAGCUGCAGGCAGCACAGCCACAGCAGCAGCAACAACAUGUUAUAGUGCUGGGUCCCCCACCGCCACCACCUCCGCCACCGCCUAUGGUUAACAAUCGUGAGGAUGCGUCCGCUUGGGCUAAUCGCAAACUAAUUACGGAGACGCAGCAACAGCAGCAACGACAGCAACAACAGCAACAGCAGCAACCACAAGCUCAAGAGAUUGUGAAUACGGAUGAACAGCUGAACAGUCACAUAUUCAAUCAUAAAGGCGGCCUGCAACUGCAGCAGCAGCAGCAGCAGUCGACAAAUAGUCAGGGGCAGGUUCAGGGCCAGCCACCUCCACCUGCGCCGCUGGCACCACAGUUGUCACCACAGCUCCAGUUGCCGGCCUACAAUACUAAUAAUAAUGCGGCGCCCGUCGGUGGCUCUUUGUAUGGCAUGUCGCUGCCAAGCGCAGGAAUUUAUGUGCAGCAGCAGCAACAACAGCAGCCGCAGCAAGUGGUGAGCGUGGCGCAGCAGUCGCCAAUGGUUAACUGGCCACAAGUUGCUGCGCCGCCAGCUCAAAUUGCUGUGCAGCAGCCACAACAACAGAGCCACGCCUACAUAACUGCUGCAGCAGCACCGGCACCGACACCAGCACCGCCUCAGCCACCGCCAGCAGCACAGUCGCCACAGCAAGCCAUGCUGCCAGUGCUCAAUGCAGCGCCCACUCAUGACAAGAGCCAGGCAGCUGAUGAUGACUACGAUGACUACGACGAGGACAAAUCCACAGAGCCGCCCAAGAAGAAGCAGCGCAAGCACAAGAAGGCCAAGAGCAAGGCUACCAAGGAUCCCAUCGAGCUGGCGCUGGAGCAAAACAAACAGCAGCAACAGUUGCCGCCGCCAGCAUUGCCAGCGCCCGUUGGCCCCGUGCACGAGCAAUACAAAAUGAUACACGAGAACCUGGCGUUGGAGUUCCGAGAUCAUGACGGGCACUCAGAGCGUCCCGGUGGCGCGGUGCUCUCCCUGACGCUGGGCCUGCUGGUAACCGCUGCGCUGUCCAUACUGAUUGGCUGUCGCAUGCGUACGGUGGGGCGUCGAGCACGUCGCAUGGGCGGCAAAACGCCCUAUUCCCAGGAGGCUGACUUCCUCGUCAAUGGGAUGUAUCUAUAAGGCGGGGCAUCUGUCGUAGUUUACCACAUACAUAUACAUACAUAUAAAUAUAUAUAUAUAUAUACCGAUUUCUGUGCCAGUCUCGUAAGGGUUGGGGGUUUUUGGCGUCAUCUGCGCAGCGGCGUCAAGCUCUGCCAUCUGACCCAAAGUAGUUAAUUGAAAU